UAGACUUGUUGGUUACUCUUUCUCUCUCACAAGUCACAAAACAACUAAAAAACGCCCAGCUUCACAGAACCCAACUCUCUCUCUCUCUCUCUCUCUCUCUCAGGUUAUUGUCAGGUUUAUUUAUCAUGGGUGAUAGUCAAUACUCGUUUUCUCUUACAACAUUUAGCCCUUCUGGUAAGCUUGUUCAAAUUGAGCAUGCUUUGACUGCUGUUGCUUCUGGACAAACUUCUCUUGGAAUUAACGCUUCAAAUGGAGUUGUCAUUGCAACAGAGAAGAAACUGCCAUCUAUAUUGGUUGAUGAAGCAUCAGUUCAGAAAAUUCAGUUAUUAACACCAAAUAUCGGUGUUGUAUACAGUGGCAUGGGUCCUGAUUUCCGAGUUUUGGUCCGAAAAAGCAGGAAACAAGCUGAGCAGUAUCACCGAUUAUAUAAAGAACCAAUCCCUGUCACUCAACUUGUAAGGGAAGUUGCUGCUGUUAUGCAGGAAUUUACUCAGUCCGGUGGUGUUAGGCCUUUUGGAGUGUCCCUACUGGUUGCAGGGUUUGAUGAUAAUGGACCACAAUUAUAUCAGGUGGAUCCAUCAGGUUCAUAUUUUUCUUGGAAAGCUUCUGCUAUGGGGAAAAAUGUUUCUAAUGCUAAGACAUUUCUCGAGAAGAGGUACACGGAUGACAUGGAGCUUGAUGACGCAGUACACACAGCAAUAUUGACACUGAAGGAAGGGUUUGAAGGACAGAUCUCAGGAAAAAACAUUGAAAUUGGCAUAAUUGGUGCAGACAAAAAGUUCAGGGUAUUGACACCAGCCGAAAUUGAUGAUUAUUUGGGUGAAGUAGAAUAAUCUGCAAUGAGAAAUCCAUCCUUGUGUUCCCAAAGUUGGUGUUUGUUUCAUAGUUGAGUUUAAUUGAAUUUCAAGAUGGCACUGGCAAAUCUGUGAGCUACUCUUGUGGUGGCCAACCUUCUGAAAAACUUUUCUCCAAAGCCAUCAGAAUUUCCAUACAAACCUUACCUUGUUUAAAUAUGACAAUAACUUUUAAUCAACAAUUCUAAAUUUAUUAUUUUACUUUUAUUAUCUGAUUGCACCUUAUGUUUAUGUUCGAUUAUGCAAAAAGCACAUUUUAGUAUACCCCAACUUAAUAAUGUAUAAUUGUCUUUUCUAAAAAAA